UUACAUGUUUCUCAAUCCCUGUCUGUUCCUACGUAUACUGAGUCACAAGACUGGGUGUCAGCUUCCCGUCACGGCCUGCUACCAAUCACCAGGAACCGAGGCCGGGCUGACUGCCUCUCUGUACACCGGCCGGCUGGCUGUCCGACUGACUGCCUGCCUGAUCGCCGUGAAGCCAGAGCCCGGAUCAUAGUGAGCAACUGAAAGCAAGAUGAAGACUCCAAUCUACGUACUGCUGUCCCUCUGUUUCAUGGUGCACCUGGAGCACUGCUGGGCUUCUAGACCAGCGAAUCCUUUUCGGCGUAUGUUCAAGGGCGUGAAAGUUUCCACCUCCACUGAAGGGGACCCUGGGCAGGCACUAUUCCUUACACCCUAUCUCGAAAGUGGAAAAAUUGAGGAAGCACGUGCAUUAAGUCUUGUUGGUGAACUUCCUGGUGCCAAUGUAAAAAGUUAUUCUGGAUAUCUAACUGUGAAUAAGACCUAUAACAGUAAUUUGUUCUUCUGGUUUUUCCCAGCUCAGGUCAGUCCAGAAACUGCUCCUGUUCUACUGUGGCUUCAAGGUGGUCCGGGAGGCACGUCUAUGUUUGGACUGUUUGUGGAGCAUGGACCUUAUGUUGUUAACCAGAACCUUACAUUAACGCAUCGAAAUUUUUCUUGGACAAAUAAGUAUUCCAUGCUUUACAUCGAUAACCCUAUUGGGACUGGCUUUAGUUUUACCGAUGAUGACCGAGGAUUUGCAGUAAAUGAAGAAGAUGUAGGAAGAGACUUGUACAGCGCACUCACUCAGUUUUUUCAAAUCUUUCCUGAGUAUCAGAAGAAUGAGUUUUACGCUACAGGAGAAUCUUAUGCAGGUAAAUAUGUUCCUGCCAUUGGCUAUUAUAUCCACACUCACAAUCCAAGUGCCAAGGUUCAAAUCAACUUCAAGGGAAUUGCCAUUGGAGACGGCCUCUGUGAUCCUGAAGUGAUGGUGGCUGGAUAUGCAGACUUCCUGUACCAAACUGGCAUGGUGGAUGAAAAUCAGAAAGCUUUUGUCCAACAGCAGACUGGUAUGGCUGUAAACUAUAUCAAACAGAAGAAGUGGAUUGAGGCUUUUGAUACCUUUGAUGCCUUAUUAAAUGGCGACCGGACAUCCUAUCCAUCCUUCUAUCAAAAUGUGACCGGAUGUACCAAUUAUUUUAACUUUCUUCAGUGUCAGGAGCCAUUAGACCAGGAAUACUUUGGUUCAUUUUUGUCACUCUCAGAAGUAAGGAAGUCUAUCCAUGUGGGAAACCUGACCUUUCAUGAUGGAUCUGAAGUUGAAAAACAUUUGCUUUCAGAUGUGAUGCAGACCAUAAAACCGUGGUUGGCUGUGCUAAUGGAUAAUUACAAGGUCCUCCUGUACAGUGGCCAGCUUGACGUUAUAGUGGCUGCACCCCUUACUGAAAGAUUCAUUCCUACAAUACCUUGGUCUAAGGUUGAAGAUUACAAAAAGGCAGCGCGAGUGUACUGGAAGAUCAGGCCUUCAGACCGGGAAGUGGCUGGAUAUGUUCGCUGUGCUGGUGAAUUUUGUCAGGUAAUUGUGAGAGGCGGCGGCCAUAUUCUUCCCUAUGACCAGCCUGAAAGAUCGUUUGUGAUGAUUGAUAGAUUUAUAAGAAACUGUAAAUCCUUGACAUGCUAAUGGGAAGGGGAAACACAUGUCCUUGGCUGAUUUUUGUCAGCAUAGCCGCUUCAGAAAUGAAAUGUCAUGUUUAACCAUCCGCACGCUGCGAAGGUCUCCUGGUGCAUAAUGGUUAAUCGCGCAAUCUCUUAUUUACUUGCUAUUUUGGGGAGCAGAGGGGAUAGCUAUUCUAUAUUUCAUGAUCAUUGUGAAUGAGGGAAAAAAUAAAAACAUUUUGUUUCGUAAUA